AUGUCAGGUAAAAGGAAACAUAUAGAUAUGUAUCUUGGAGAAAUUUUUAAGGAAUUCAUUUCCUUAAAAGACAACGAUCUCAAAAAAUCACAAGAAGUAUUUAACAGUGUCUUUGAACAGGUUAAACAAAAGAUGGAAGAGCAAUGUAAUUACUUUAGUAAAUAUGCUAAACAGGUACUCUAUGCCGGGAGUGUGUAUGAUGGUAUCAAAGUGUCUAAAUUAGAUGAAUUUGACAUGAACAUAGUUAUACGACUACCCAUAAAUUAUGAGGAUGGAGAGGACGGAAUUAUAUUGGAGAACGCUCAGCCUGGAUUUGUCAAAAUGAAAAUUAUCAGACCCUUCGAUAAUCUGGAUAAGCAGAAGGAUUGGGAAAACUGUCACAAAGUGACAAGAGAUUGGCGUGACAGUGACAAAUACCUUCUGCAAAACAAAUUUCGUCAGUGGUUGCACAGUAUAAUACAGAAGACCCUUAACGCUAUGAACAAUGAGGUGACAGUUAAUGGUGUUAAGUAUGAGUUAAAAUAUAAAUCGUCGGGGCCAGCGUAUACAUUGAAUAUAGAGAAUAAAAAUGAAUCUUUCUAUCUUGAUGUGGAUUUAGUACCUGUCAUACGAUUUAUGCUACCGCGUUGGCCCAAAGGCUACAGGAAUAUAGAUGACGAUAAAGCUAAAGAUUGGUUAGUGGUACCAAAGCCAAACAAAGCGUUGAAUGCUAAAGAGCAGAACCAAUGUUGGCGGCUCUCCUUUCAGGAACAAGAGAGGAAAGUUAUGAAAAAUUUGAAGCAGUUGAAAGUUGUUAUAAGAUUGGUAAAAAAACUUCGCGACGUCCUUGGCCUAAAGUAUAUCGCUAGUUAUUACGUCAAAACCUUGUUUCUAUGGAAAAUCCAGAAAAUAAACGACGACAAAUAUUGGGAGAAUAAUAUCGGUCUCAUUUUUAAGGACAUGAUAGAUGAGUUUUAUCUAGCAGUCGAUAAAAAAUGUAUCCCUUACUUCUGGAACGAGCAAAAUAAUCUCAUUGGGGCGAUUAAACCGACCAUUCUGAAGGUGUACGCUGACAAACUGAACGACGUACUCAAAAGCAUUAACGCUAAUGAUCUUGACAAAAUUCCAGAAUAUCUACUAACAUCCGAGGAAUUGGAAACGUUUAAGAAAUCUGAGUUUUAUAUAAGACUACAAGUGAUUCCAGUCAGACUUUCCAUGGAUAGCACUGACUCUCAAUCCAGUCAAUCAAAGAAAAGUGAUAACUCCAAACUAUAA